AUGGACUCGUCGGUGGUGGAAAAACAACCGCAGGGGCCCGAGUACGAGCUGCCGCCGUGGCACCGGAUGUUCGAGCGGGAGUACCUGCUCCCGAUCGUGUUCUACUUUGCGAUCUGGCGCUGCGGGGCGUACUACGCGCAACGGAACUGCUGGAACGGCUACGAAGUGUCGGCGUUCACGCGCUACCGACUGCGUAACCUGACGGUGUGCCUGUUCCACGCCGCCUUCACCGCCAUCUCCACUCUGGUCUUCAUGGCCGUCUAUCCGGAUGUGAUGUUCCACGACACGAUCCACUGGUGGAGCGACCGCUGUGCCCACAUCUUUCUCGCCAGUCUCGCCUACUUCCUGCACGACCAGUACGACAUGGUGCUAAAUGAGUGGACGCCUCGGAUGGUCGAGCUCUUCCUCCACCACACCCUCACGAUCUUCGUCUACUGCGUGCAGCUGUCCACCAAGAAGUUCCAGCCGUACGCCUUUUGGGCGAUCAUGAUGGAGGUGAACAGUGUCUUUCUCCACGUCCGUGCCGUGAUGAUGAUGAGCGGCUGGAAGAACAUCUACCCCAAGACGUUCCAGACGAUUCGCGCCUUAAAUCUUUUGACAUUCCUGGUGUUCCGCUUCGGGGUGCAGUCGUGGCAAAUCUGGUGGAUUAUGGAGAAUCGGUUCAACAUGCAUUACUUCUACUUUUGCGUCGGGUACUACGGCGGCAUCGUCUUCCUGUGCAUCAACACGAUCCUGUUUGCCCGAAUCCUGUAUUCUGAUGGGUAUCUGUGCAAGCGGAAGAGCCUCAACAAGAGCAACACCGACAUGGCUAUCCAGCAGCUGAACGAGCCGCUGUUGAGCUCGUGGCCGCCCGACAGCCCGGAAAAGCAGCGAAAUGGGCGACGGUCGUCAAGAAAAUCGACCUCGAAGAGCGAC